AAUUUGGCAUUGUUUAUGGACAGAAAAUCGUCGUCCAUCUCACUCGAACACGACACCGAGUCAACGAGUACAUAUUCGUUGUGUGAAGACUUUGAAACCUCUUUGCUCAGUUUGGAAAAGCUGGACAGAGCGUCACCUGACCUUUGGCCAGAGCAGCUACCUGGAGUUGCUGAAUUUGCUGCAUCAUAUAAAAAUCCCAUCACAAAUUCACCCCCCAAGUGGAUGGCUGAGCUUGAGAGUGAGGACAUCGAAAUGUUAAAAGAGCUGGGCAGUUUGACAACAGCUAACCUAAUGGAGAAGGUCAAAGGUCUUCUGAACCUCGCUUACCAACUGGGCUUAGAAGAAUCCAGAGAAAUGACCAGAGGGAAGUUCCUGAACAUCUUGGAAAGGCCUAAGAAGUGACUCGUUGUUUUUUGUUUUUUUUUUACAUUUUUACAAAAUAUUUGACAUGUGGAACUACAAGAUGAAUCAUAUUACCUUAUUGAUUAAUAU